AUGGAAUCUCAACCAACACCUCCGAACAUCCCUCCCGGGCAGGACGUUCCAUUACACGGUGACAGGGCUCAUCAACCUGUACUGCACGGCCUCACCGUCAAGAUUCCCGGUUUUGGCCGGCUGACCCAGUCCUCUGCGCUCGGGCCAAACGAGGCUGCUGAGGUGCGGGACAUCGUCACCGUUCCCCCCACGGAGCGCCCAUACGACGCCCUCAAAACAGCCUUGACCCGUCGUACCACAGCUUCUGAACAAGAGCGCCUCCGCCAGCUGCUCACUGCUGAAGUCCUCGGCGACAGGAGACCUUCUCAACUCCUCCGUCGCAUGCAGCAACUCUUGGGCGAUCGUGCUGCAGCUGUGGACGAAUCGAUUUUGCGCGAGCUGUUCUUGCAGCGACUUCCGAACACCGUGCGCAUGAUCCUCACGACGUCCUCCACUGUGUCCCUGGAUGCCUUGGCGGAGAUGGCGGAUAAGAUCAUGGAUAUUGCUCCACCGGACAUUUCUGUGGUCCCUUCAUCCUCCGCCCCCGUUACCCCCACCUUGGCUGACUUUCAAGCUCUCCGUGAUGAGGUAGCGCGACUCACUACCAUGAUUUCCACCUCGCUUCACCUUAGCCAUCGUCCCCGAAGCCCCAGGCCCCGCAGCCCUCGCCGCGCCGGUCAUCGCCGCAGCCCCUUGCGCCCACACUCUGCUGACUCCACAGACUGUUGGUAUCACCAAAACUUCGGCGACAACGCCCACCACUGUCAGCCUCCUUGUUCCCACUCGGGAAACGGAAGCGUCAGCAACUGA